AUGUCUCUAGUGAUCCCUGGGAAGUUCCAGCACACUUUGCAAGUACUCAACACCAACAUAGAUGGGCGGUGGAAAAUAGCCUUUGCCAUCACUGCCAUUAAGGGUGUGGGGCAGAGAUAUGCUCAUGUGGUGUUGAGCAAAGCAGACACUGACCUCAUCAAGAGGGCUGGAGAACUCACGGAGGACAAGUUGGAACGUGUGAUCACCAUCAUGCAGAAUCAAAGACGGUACUAGAUUCCAGACUGGUUCUUGAACAGAUAGAAGGACGGGAAGGAGGGGAAGUACAGCCAGGUUCUGGCUAACAAGCUGCUUGAGGACCUGGAGCGGCUGAAGAAGAUUAGAGCCUAUAGUGGGCUGUGCCACUUUUGGGGCCUUCAUGUCCCAGGUCAGCACACCAAUACCACUGGCCACCAGGGCUGUACUAUGGGUGUUUCCAAGAAGAAAUGA